UCCACACUAGCAGUUUGCGAGGAGCGCGUGGACGCCUCGGAGUGGGGCGGUCUUUGAAAACUUUUCAGGAAGCUGUUUGAUAAAAACGAAACUGUCAACUUUGACAGAAAGAUCGUCUCGCAGUUGGUUCUUUAGUUGUUCCACCGGCACUUUUAGGUGAAAAAAUGCAGAGCAGUGCUUACGGGGCUUCGUUGGCUGGCGGUGCUUUUGACUUAGAGAACUUUAUAAAGCAGCCACAGACCAUUCUGCGCUGUUUGAGCUGGUUGUUCUCCAUUGUGGUCUUUGCAACCAUCACGGCAGAAGGCUACGUUAAUCCAGUCACCAAGGAAGAAACCAAAUGCAUGUUCAAUGAGAAUGACAGCGCCUGCAGCUACGGUGUGGGAAUCGGAAUCUUGGCAUUCUUGGCGUGUGUUGUCUUCCUUGUACUGGAUGCCUACCUCCCACAAAUCAGCAAUGCCAAAGAGAGAAAAUAUAUCGUCACAGGAGAUUUAGUCUUCUCAGCUGUUUGGACUUUACUGUGGUUCAUCUGCUUCUGUUACCUGGCCAACCAGUGGUCCAAAACCACUAACCCGUCUGUCCCUGGAGAUGCUGCGCGGGCUGUCGUUGCCUUCUCCUUCUUCUCAAUUAUCACCUGGGCGCUCUUGACCUACUUUGGGAUUGGAAGGUAUCGCCAGGGUGUAGAUGAGUUUAACCAGGACUACAGAGACCCCGCAAAUGACCACUCCUCCCCGUUCCCGCCUGCUCCGUACGCCAGCAGCAGCAGCGGCCCUUCAGGCUACCAGCAGUCUCCUUUCUCCAACAGCCAGGAGCAACCAGGGGAGUACCAGCCUCCAACUUAUUGAUGGACUAAGAUUCACACUCUCGAAUCUACCAGGGGAUUUUUAAAUGAAUAUGUGUGCCAAUGGUUUAAUUUACAACUUGGACUGCUCCCUGCACUCCUAGUUCGUCCUGCAGAACGUGUUUUGGGUGCACUGAUGUGUUUUUUGAGUUCAUUUCAAUGUUGGAAGUUGUUUGAUGGGUGUUGGCUGUGUCACUCACACACGGCAGACUUAAGUCAGUCAUAUUUUUUGUUCGGAAAACUUCCUGGUAAGAGUGAGGACUGUGCCAACUUUCUCUUUGCACCAAACAAUGUUGUUUUUUCAGUUCUCCUUUUUGUUUAAUGUGUGAGUGCAGUUUGAUAUUUUUAAUUCAGUUUACUCAAGAAAUCAGCUUUAAAAUACUUUAUUGGGAUAUACAUUGUGAAUAUAUGUUACUGUUUCGAACAUGUAGAUAUGUUUUCAUAACCGUCAGAUUGCAGCUCAAUAACACUGAUGUUCAUCGGGUAUUGUUAACUGACCACGAAAGAAACCCAUUAUUAUUUAACCAAUGGGUGCAUUGAGAAUAAUCCCUUUGAAACUACUGUAAUGCAAUGCGUUUCCUUUUUAAUAAUCAACCACUGAAAAAAGCUUUUAUGCACUGAAAAAAAACAACAUAAUUUCUUUUAGCCUUUUUUCUGCCAAUAUCUGAUCCAAGAUAGUCGAUUUUAUUCUUUUAAAGUAAACUUGCUACAGUUUUGUUUAUUUUAAAGAAUGUUUUGUUUUAAGGGAGCCAAACUUAAUUGUACAAGCUAUCUCUGUUGUAGUUGAAUGUGCCUUUCAUGAGUGCAGUUAACAGUUGUCAUUUUUAUUGGGAAUAUCCAGUUCAGCCAAGGAUUUACUUCAAGAAUUCGGUGAUAUAGGGGUUAAAUAGUAUAUUUAUUAUUUUGACAAUCAAACCUUAUUUCUUUUCUGUAACUGUCUCUGCUCACUUUUUCUCACCUUUAUCACACUGUUGAUGUGCCUUGUACACGUGUUGCAGUUUCACUGUCGUACUCAGUGGCUUUACACUUGUUUCACAUGUAAGUGCCUUGUACAGUACUCUGUAUUACACAUGGUUUGCCAAAUAAAAGUCUUUUUUUUUCAUUUUGAA